AACUUCUCUCGCGAUAUUGUGGCAACAGCGGUGUACACAACACAUCCAGUGGCUAACUAAGCUAAAGCUAGGCUAACUAGCUUCUACAGACUGACAUGUAGUCACGUCUACGCCGAGUCUCAAUGUAGGAGCUUCCAGAGUGAUUGGGACAUGGAAUUAAGAAAUAUCAAGGACCAGUCUCCAUUGGUCCAGGCCAUAUUCAGCCGAAACACAGAAGACGUGACAUUUUUGUUAGACCACAAAGAAGAUGUCAAUUCACUGGACCAAGAACAAAGCACACCACUUCAUGCUGCUGCUUAUCUGGGUGAUGUCCAUGUUAUGGACCUCCUUAUUAGUGCAGGUGCAAAUAUAAAUGCUAAGGACCAGGGGUUGCUGACUCCUCUACAUCGAGCAGCUGCCUCACGAAAUGAAAGGGCUGUGGAGCUGCUGCUAAAGCACAGGGUGGAGGUAAACACACGGGACAAAUUCUGGCAUACACCCCUACACAUGGCAGCUGCCAACUGGGCGACAGGGUGCGCUGAAGCCUUGUUACCGCAUGUUUGCAGCCUGGAUAUUACUGACAGGUCAGGAAGGACACCACUACAUCAUGCAGCACACAGCGGCCACGGAGAGAUGGUGAACUUGUUCCUCAGUAAAGGUGCCAAUGUGAGUGCCAAAGAUAAAAAGGAGAGACAGCCAAUCCACUGGGCUGCAUACCUCGGACAUGUGGAGGUCGUGAAGCUGCUGGUGUCGCACAGUGCAGAUGUGACAUCCAAGGACAAACGUGGUUACACUCCACUACAUGCUGCGGCGGCAGGUGGACAUUUAGACGUGGUCAGAUAUCUGCUGAGACUCGGGAUGGAGAUUGAUGAACCCAACCUUUUUGGGAACACAGCGCUCCACAUGGCCUGCCACACAGGGCAGGACACUGUAGCUACUGAACUCGUGAACUGCGGCGCAAACAUCAACCAGCCCAACUACCACGGUGACACGCCGCUGCAUCUGGCUGCCGGCUCCUCCAGCGGGGUGCUGUGUCUGGAGCUGCUCGUCAACAAUGGUGCUGAUGUCAACGUUCAGAAUAAAGAAGGGAAGAGCCCUUUACAUAUGGCAGCAAUGUACGGACGCUUCACAGGCUCCCAGAUUCUGAUCCAAAAUGGUGGAGAGAUUGACUGUGUCGACAUGAAUAGAAACACUCCUCUUCAUGUUGCUGCCAGAUAUGGUCAGGAGUUACUGAUCAGUACUCUGCUGACAAAUGGUGCUGACAAAAGCAGACAGGGGAUUCAUGGGAUGCUACCGCUACAUUUGGCAGCUCUCUACGGCUUUCCAGACUGUUGCCGCAAGCUACUGUCUAACGGCCAGUUUUACAACCUCAUGCCAGCUAUGAUGAGUGGAGAAAUGCCACCAGUGGGGUUUGAUAUAAACAUGGCAGAUGACCACGGGAGGACCUGCCUGCAUGCAGCUGCCUCUGGAGGGAAUGUUGAGUGUCUCAAUUUGCUAUUAAACAGUGGUGCUGAGCUGGAUAUGAAGGACAAUUUGGGAAGAUCUCCUCUGCAUUAUGCUGCAGCAAACGGGAACAGCCAGUGCACGAUUUCCCUGGUGAGAGCCGGUGCAGAGGCCAAUGAGCUGGACCUGACGGGCUGCAGCCCUCUGCACUACGCUGCUGCUUCACACACCUUCUGUGGAGGGGAGACAAACUCUCAGCCAGACUUCAUUAUGGAAAAGGAACAAGAAGCCUCUUUGUGUUUAGAUUACUUGCUUGACAAUGGGGCGAACCCAACUCUGAAGAACAGCAAAGGUUACAGCGCCGUCCACUAUGCAGCAGCUUAUGGAAACAAACAGCAUCUAGAACUGCUCUUGGAGAUUUCCUUCAACUGUCUUGAAGAGGCUGAAAGUAAUAUUCCAGUCAGUCCUUUGCACUUAGCUGCGUAUUAUGGUCACUGUGAGGCGCUGCGUUUGCUUUGUGAGACAUUAGUGAGUCUGGAUGUACGGGACAUUGAAGGCCAAACCGCCCUCCAUCUGGCUGCUCAGAAAGGCUUUUCCACGUGUGUGGAGGUUCUGCUGAAGCAUCAAGCCUCCUACACACUGAAGGAACACAAGCACAAGUGGACGCCUCUUCAUGCUGCAGCUGCCGAGGGCCAAGUGGACUGUCUGCUGUUACUGGUCAACAGGGAACAAAGUGCUGACAUCAUUGACAGUCAGGACACGAGUGGACAGACGGCUCUCAUGCUGGCAGCUCUGGGACGUCACACCGACUGCGUCCACAUCCUGUUGGAGAAAAAGGCGAAGGCCGAUGCUGCUGACAAACACGGCUUCACUGCCUUACACAGAGCUGCCAUGUUGGGCAGUGAGGACUGUGUAUCGGCUCUGUUGGAACAUGGAGCUUCAGCUCUGUGUCGAGACUCUCAGGGAAGAACUCCGCUGCACCUCGCUGCGUCCCGCGGCCACACAGAACUGCUCCACACUUUGCUAAAGGCUGCUAAGAAAGCUGACCCUCUGGACUCCAUGUUGGACCACAGGGGCUACACGCCCACCCACUGGGCUGCUUACCACGGGCAUGAAGGAUGUUUACACAUUUUACUUGAAAACAAAGUUUUUAGCAACCAGGAGGGAAAUUUAUUCACUCCACUGCACUGUGCUUUAGUUAAUGGACACGAUGUUGCUGCAGGACUUCUAGUGAAGACUGUUGGCUCUCAAAGUGUCAACAUCAGUGAUGCCAAAGGAAGGACUCCGCUGCAUGCAGCUGCUUAUUCAGGAAAUGUUGCUGGGCUCCAGCUGGUCCUGGCCCAGGGAGCAGAGGUUAAUGCUGUGGACCACAGUGGAUGCUCUGCUCUGAUGGUUGCUGCUGACUGUGGACAGACCAUGGCUGUUGAAUUCUUGCUGCACAAUGCGAAGCCAGACCUGACCCUGGUGGAUGUCAAUAAUAACACAGCCCUUCACUUAGCCUGCAGCAAGGGUCAUGAAAUGUGUGCUCUGUUGAUCCUGGGAGAAAUAACUGACUCCUCUCUUAUUAAUGCAAGAAACACCGCUCUCCAAAUGCCUCUUCACAUUGCAGCAAGAAAAGGCCUGGCGACUGUCGUGCAGGUGUUACUGAGCAGAGGAGCAGCAGUAAUGGCCGUAGACGAGGAAGGACACACACCAGCUUUGGCCUGUGCGCCGAACAAAAACGUAGCAGACUGUCUGGCCUUGAUCCUCUCCACCAUGAAGCCUUUCCCUCCCAGAGAGGCUGGCACCGGCCCAACCACCAACUUCUGCCCCAUCCUGAAGAACUGUGGCAUCGCUGCCACCUGCGGGUCCAGUGGAAACCUGUGUCACGCCUAAAUCAACAACCGCACACAUACGUAGGCCUGACAGAGGGAAGUUUCAUCCCAGUAUAGCUACAAGGUCCCACACACCUAACAGCCUCCAUGAACAUGUGUGCUCAUACAUGCUUCUUCUCUCGUGCCGUGACAUUUCUACACGUGUGUCAUGCAGCUGCACAUGCAGCAUAUAUUCAUGUCCCAGUAGCAGCGACUGCCUCUUUUAAAUCUAGUCUUACCCCUUACUAAUAAUAGCAGACCUCUUAGAUUAUCUUCUCUUUUGUGCGUUAUGUUAAUGUACUAUUAACCUUUAGAAAUGAAUGGAAGGGUUAACGUGAGCACACUACACAAGCCUCCCCACCUGAACCCCGUCCUCUGUCAGUGCUGGCUUAUUUUUUUUAGCUCUUUAACCGUCAAAGCCCGAUAUCUCCACGUUGGUCCUCAGCUGAUACAAAUGCAAGAAUGUCCGGUUGGUUGUUGUGUUUGAUUUAUGUGCGCGUGUCUGUCAGUGUUAUUUUGCAUAUUUGAUAGUGCUUCUUAAUUUACUUGUUUAAAAUAUCUAACAGGUGCUGUAAGCCUUUUAUGCAAUCAAUAAGACUCUAUUUUCUUAUCCUGCACAGGGUGUAGCAAACACUACACUGAUAUAAGUAACCUUAUUAUUCUAAUAAUAUCAUGAUUUACAUUUCACUCUAACAGUUUAAAGCAUGUCAAUAGAUUUAACCUUUUACUCGUAUUAUCUUGAAAUAUCCAAAUUAUUGAUAAUUAACCUCAGGUCAGCGUGUACUGUACUGUAGGUGCAAUAACGAGCACAUCUUGAGCUGGAUGACACAAACAAAGUGUAAAGUAUGAGAGAAGUAUUUUAUAUCAAUAAGAUAAGCCACAAAGAAAAGGGUUAAAGACUUAAAUGUCUUGUAUGUCGUUAUGAACAGUUUGAAAGCACAGGAAUGAAAAUCUUUCAGGCUUUGAGUAUAAAAGUCUUGUGUAAUUUGAAAAUGUGACAAUUUACCAUAUUUGCAACUAAAUAUUAAUUAGCUUUGUGUUUAAUUGGUGGAUUUUUUUUUAAAAUUGAUGGUUAAUGUGCAAAAGCCCACAUUUUCAUUUUUCUGAAUAGAAGUUAGAGACCCAAAGAUGAAUAAUACAUUCUGUCACACCAAAAAAAGAUGAAAAUCUUUCAUUUGAGAAACUUAAACUAAGAAUUUAGUUGUUUUUUAAAAAUUCUUAUUACAUUUUUAGGUUGACUAAGCAGUUAAUUGCUCCAACACUACAUUGUUGUGUGGACAAUUGAAUAAAAGCGUCACAAUGUCUUUAAAACACGACAUUAUGUGACUAUUUAGAAUUAGGGUUUGUGUUCUUUGUGAUUUUUCUAUAUAAGUUCUUUGUUUAGUGGUCCAGUGGAAAAAUCCCCAAAAUCGAAGCUGUUUAUUUGAGUAUCGAGUACUAAUUUACAUUCAAUAAAUUUAGUCCUAUUAAACAUUUAAAAUGUUUUAUGAUCAAAAUAAAUAAAAUUGGCAGAGUUCAACAAUUUUCAUCAAGUUAAAAUCAAUGGAUUUUAACUUGAUGAAUAUAUAUAUGUACUGGUACAAACAUGUCACUGCCUUUCUCUUUAAACGUGUUUGUAAAUGUUGCUGUGCAUUAAAUGUUUACCCUUUUUAUAAUUUCAAAGUUACAUACAGCCUUUGCCCCUUUUCCUAAUCCCCUGUCUGUUUAAACUAUUUGCACUCUGACAUUAAAAGUUUACAUUUUACAGCAGGGUAUCCUUCUUAGACUUAUGCAAUUAUUAUUUUAAAUUUGAAAGUUAGUGUUUGAAAGUUAACACUAGAAGGGAUCUCAUCUUCUCCCUUGUUUCAAUUGGAAUAAAUAAAUGGGAAAAAUCUGUUUCACUUUUCUGAACUCAAGCUGCAGUGAAACGUGAACAAUGUUUGUCUUCAGGAACUGUUCUAUGGCAACGUUUCAUGUGAACAAACUGUCUUCCAUACAUCUUGCUGAGAUUUCAGGGUGUGAUAACUACAAUACUCCGAGUGGUUUAGUUGUUGUUGGCAUUAAUAUGAGAGAAAAUAAAUAAAUCAUUACCAUCUAA